AUGUUUCCCUCCACCGGUUCUCCGCUCCGUCCCGCCCUCCCCUCCUCCCCCACCUCCUCCUGCGUCGCGGCGUUGCUCCUCCCCCUUCUCUGCUGGCUCCGCCCCUCCUCUUCCGCGGCGCUCGCCUGCCCGCGCGGCUGCCUCUGCGCCAGCGACAUCAUCUCCUGCAGCGGCGCCGGGCUCUCCCGCUGGCCCCGGGACGUCCCGGCGUGGGCCGCCCACCUGGACCUCAGCCACAACCUGCUGGCCACGCUGCCCGCCAACUGGAGCGCGCCGCGGACCCUCCGCCGCCUCGCCUCCCUGCUGCUGGCCCGCAACGCCAUCGCCGGCGUGGAGCCCGACGCCUUCGCCCUCACGCCGCACCUCGUCCACCUGGACCUGUCCUCCAACCGGCUGGCGGCCGUGCGGGCGUCGGCCUUCGGCCGGGGCGCCCUGCCCGGGCUGGAGGUGCUGCUGCUCUUCGGGAACCGGAUCGCGGCGGUGGAGCCCGGGGCGCUGUCGGGCCUGCGCGGCCUCCGGCGGCUGUACCUGGCGGGGAACCGGCUGGCCGCCGUCCCCCUGGAGCUGCUGGAGGGCCGGCCCCGCCCCGCCCACCUGGCGCUGCUGGACCUGUCGUCCAACGCGCUGACGGCGCUGCCCGUGCAGAGCCUGCUGGCCCUGGGGGCCCGGCCGCAGGUGUACCUGCAGGGCAACCCCCUGGUGUGCGACUGCGCGCUGCGGGCGCUGCUGGGCUUCUGGUGCCGGCGGCGGUACCGCCCGCUGCUGGACUUCAGGGCGGAGUACCCCUGUGGGGCGGGGGGCGGGGGAGGCUGCUCCACCUCCACCACCUCCACCGCAAACACACAGGACCUGGUGUCUCCCGUGGGCGGGGUUUAUCAGAUCGAGCCGGGUGAUUGGCUGACGGUCCCGUGCCCGGGCUUGGCCCCGCCCCUCCGGGAGAACCAGACGGUGUUCUGGCUCACGCCCGGCGCCGUCCUCAACUCCUCCUCCUCCUCCUCCUCCGGCGACGGCGACGGCGGUGACCAUGGCAACGCCACCCUGCGGCGGGUCCGGGUCCUCCCCAGCGGCGCCCUGGAGAUCCGCGGGGCGGUGGCGGCCGACGCCGGCACCUACACCUGCGUGGCGGCCCGCGGCGCCCCGCCCGAGCCCGAGUGCGGCGGCGAGGAGGAGCGGGGCGGGGCCGACGGCGAGGUCAGUGUCCUGGUGGGGAACAAGAGCCAGGGCGGGGGCGGGGCCAGAGGGGGCGGCCGGCGCCGGGGGGCGGAGCACUUCAACACGGCCUUCACCACCCUGGCGUCGUGCGUGGUCAGCAUCGUGCUGGUGCUGCUCUACCUCUACCUCACGCCCUGCCGUUGCCGCGGCGACCGGGGGAGAGGAGGGGGCGGGGGGUCCGGGGAGGCGACGACGGGCUGCGGGGGCCGCGCCUCCCUGCUGUGCUCCGACCCCGGGGAGGCGGAGUCCCGGGAGAGGCGGAGCCACAACGGGAAGCGGGUGGCGUUCCUGGAGCCGCGCGGGGCGGAGGAGGACGGAGAUAAGGGCGUGGCCGGAGCGGCCGGCGGCUGUGACCCGGGCAUUACCGUCGGCACGGCGACGGGCCUCGUCGUCGGCAUGGCGACAGAGAGCAUCCUGAAGAACGGAGGCGGGGCCAUUGGGGGGAGGAACCACUCUAACCCCGGCCAACAGGUGGUGUAG